AUGAAUAUCGAUGGUGGUAACUCUUUGUUCCAAUUGAGAAAGGAAUUGUACUCUACCGAUAACAAACUUUCUUCUAUCGACGAUGAUCUAUCAGACAGAAACACUACAGAGGAUCUGAUCAUGCUGCCUUCGUCGGCCAAUUCAAACUUCUCCUCUCCAUACACUUCAAAUAAUAAAUAUGGUAAUACAAAGAUCUUAACUGAAACUGAAAAAUAUUCCGUGACUAAGCUAUCUACCGAUCUAUCGUUUCUACCUGGCAGUAAUGGUAAUAAUAAUACCAUUGAUACUCACCAUUUCGAAGGUUUGGUGGAUACUGCUUUGCAAAAAGCUUUAGUAAACGAUCUAGACCAUAUCUAUAUAUGGAACUACAACUCAAUUCAAAAAGACACUCCCAUUUGUAAAAUCUCGUUACAUGAUGACUAUUCUGUUUUGAGUUCGCCUCCUAUUUGUCUAUUCACUUCUUCCAUUUCUUCAACUAAUAACGACACCGCAAACUACAACAACAAUGCCAGUGGUAAUAUCAACUCAGGAAAAUUUAAUAACGGUAUUUGUAUCAUCAAUAAAAAAAAUAGUCAGUUCUUGUAUUUCGAAGAUAUAAGCACUAUUAACAAUUUAUAUACAAAACUAUCAAAAUCAAAGGCUCAUGUGUUGGAUUUAAAAUUAAAAGAUAAUGAAAAUAUCACUUCGACCAUCAAUUGUGAACCUUCGGGAAUUAUCAUUGCUACUUCAUUGGGCCGUGUCCUAUUUAUCACCAUAAAGGACUCAACAGGUAAACCGAAACUUGAAUUAAAACAACAACUAAUAAAGCCACAGAAUAGUUUCUUCUUUAGAAAUUUAGAUUCAUCUAAAGAAAUUAUAUCUUUGAAAAAGGGUCCAAUUGUAGGAAAAGGUGAAAGAUUACUAUACAUCACUACAAGAGGUGGUUCUUUACAAAUUUGGCAAUUAUCAAUAAACUCAAAAUCCUUUAAACGAUUGGAAAUUAAUAUUUAUGAACAUGUAUUAGAUUCAUUACAAGAUUUAUACCCUUUUGCCCAUGGUACUCUAGCAUUUUUAGAUUCACAUCCAAUAUACUCUGAUACUUCUUCAGCUCAUUUAACUUUAGCAUCAAUUUCAAACGGUAACGAAAUUUAUUACCUGAUGAUUACCGUCAUUUUAGAUGAAAAGACAAAUAGUUUCCAAAUCUUCUCCAUUUAUAAACUAAACACCUAUUUCACAAAAUCAACAGUAGAUUUGAACCAUAAGCCACAGUUAUUCAUACCAAAUGCCCUGGAUUCUAUUGUUAGUCCAACUCUAUCAGUAUACGUAUUAUUUAAUAAUGCAGUCGUAAUGACCCAAAUCAGUUCAAAAUUAGAUUCAAGUUUUCCUUUAAGAAGAAAAUGGGAAGAUAUUAUCAGAUUCAAUAAAGAUGUAGAAAUUAUUGGUUCUGGCUAUAGCACAGACUCUAUCUAUGUCAUUUGUAAAGAUAUGGGUGUGUUAAAGAUUGCUUCCCACUCAAACAAUAACCAAGAAUUAGAACUAGUCAGCUUUGUUAAAUCUCAUAUUGACCAAGCAGUAUAUUUUUCGACAAUCACUUCAAAUCCUAUCGAAUUUAAUUUACCUGAAAGUCUAUCACUGGAUACCACGGAUAUAGAAAAUGAUAUCAAAACUUCAUGUGAUGAAAUAUUUUAUUCUACAGGCAGUUAUAUACCACCAAUGCUCAAUACAUUAGAACAACAUUUGAAUCUAAGAAUAGAGUAUUUUAACAAUUUGAUUGAAUUCACUAAAAUAAAUUUCAAUUACAAAAUAUCUCCAACUGUUAAAUUAUAUUUAAUCGAAAAAAUUAGCAUCUUAAAAUGUUGUUUAGCAUUAUUCAAAUAUAUCUCCGAUAAAGCUAUUUUGUCAAAUAUUUGGAGAGAUUUAGUUUUAAACUCUUUUAAUGACUCUAGUUUAGAAGAAUUCGUUUUAGGUAAGUUAGAUGAAUUUCCAAGAUUAUUCACAAUAUUUCUAAAUGAUUUAUCAGCAAAGAUUGUAGGUUUCAAUGAUGUUGAAGAAAAAGUUAAAAUUGUAGAUCUACUAAUAACUUGUGUUUACGAUGCUGUAUUAGAAAAUUGUGAAAAAUCCAUUAGAUAUGAUGCAUUACAACUAGAUCCACUUGAAUUAGACAAUAAGCCAAUGUGGUUCACAAAUUUGACCAAUAUCAAAGCCAUGAAUAACAUUUUCUUCUCCUUUAUAUUCCCUGACAAUGAUUUAAGUGUCGAAAAUAAACAGCGCUUACUAACAGUUGUUAAACUAUUGUAUUAUGUUAUAAACCAAAAUAUGAUCUGGCAUAAAUCAAUGAAACAAAUUGAAACUGAGGAAUACAAGGAAGUGGAAGCUUUAUAUAACGAUAACCAUGCUAAUUGGAUCCAUGUAUUGUGCAAUAUUGGUGUUCACGAAGAAGCAUUGCAAAUCUGUGAAUUCUACCAUGAUUUAGGCGGAUUGGUCGAAAUAUUAGAGAAAUUGGAUUUUGAAAUAUCGAGAGAAUUAUACGAUCAAUACUUCAAAAUGUUUGGGUAUGAAUUUGCUACAAUUUUGUUUGAAUAUUAUAUAAAUGCAAAGGACUUAAAGGCAUUGUUCUUCAAAUUCCCUAAUCAUCAUGAUUUGCUAAAUAAAUUCCUUUUAAGUUCCCCACCAAAAUAUUAUAAAUAUGCAUGGAUACAAGAAAUAAUCGAUAAUGAUUAUAGAAAGGCAUCUGAUAUUUUAACAACUUUAAGUGUUGGUGAAGCAGGGGAUGGUUGUGAAAUUUCUGAAAGGCAAUUACAUUUGAACAUAGCAAAACUGAGUGGAUUAGUUGAUGAGAAUUUUGAUGCCAAUCAAAUGAUUGAAAUCCAGCGCGAUAUCGACACAAUUGAUCAUCAAACAAGAAUUAAGAAAUUAUUGGAAGAAGACCCUACAGGAAUAUCAAUGAAUCAAGCAUUUGCCAAUAACGAGUUUGGUGAAAAGUUCCAAGAGACAAAAUAUUGCAUUCAAAAUGACAAGUCAAUUAAUAUCAAAUAUAUAAUUGAUAUGUUGAGCAUGAUGGACAGUGUUGAAAAUCUUUACGAAGCUUUAAAAUUAACUUGCAUCUAUAGACAUUCAUUAGGAUAUGAAGUCAGUAAAUAUUUCCAACAGAGCAUCUGGAGACGUUGUAUUAUCGAAGAAAGCAAAGACGGUGUUAUUCAAUUAGAAGGCGAGAAUAGCAAAAUAUAUCAGUUAUUGGUUAAAUAUUUUGAAGGGAAAUUAUAUGAGUACGAUUGUAAGUUACCGUUUGUAUCGUUCCUAAUGGAUCGUAUUGGCAUCAGCAUGAAUUUUUUGAGUAUAAUCUAUGGUAACGAUAAUAAUGUAUUGGUUUCAAUUAGCGACUCAAUCGAAAGAGAAUACCAUGAUCUAAUAAGAAUUGGAGACACUUUAGAGUCACAAUUAAGCACAAUAAUUGGCAGUGCUAACGAGAGUACCGGAAAUGAAUGUACUAUAAAUUACGAAACCAAAAGUAUCGAAUAUUAA